UAAGGAGUGGCUACACAGAGUCUGUACUUUUAUUCAAUAGAGCUGUGUGCCUGUGUGGGGUUUUUUUUUUGGGUUGUCCUCCUAUUCAAGGCAGUGAAUUCUCUUUUCUUGCUGCUUCAAGCUCUUUUCAUCAGAGAGCGUUCAAAUAUUGGAUUGGAUUCAUCAUCAUUGUUCUAUGUCUGGUUGCUGAGCUGCUGUUACAUUUUCACAUAGGACCCAGGGCUAGUGUUUAUUUGUCUUCAGAUUUGGUUUUGAAACGCGCAAGAGCUCAUCAUGGAUGACUUUGAACGUCGCAGGGAGCUCAGGAGACAGAAACGGGAGGAAAUGCGCCAAGAAACUGAAAGAGUAACCUACCAGAGAAAUGACGAUGACGAAGAGGAAGCCGCAAGGGAGCGCCGCCGCCGGGCCCGUCUUGAGAGACAACGCUUGCAGGAUGUAGGAGACGGAAGUGUGACAGAAGUCAACUCUCAGAAUAGUAUCACAGUAGAGGGGACAAGAUCUACAACGACUAACUCUGAUUUGUCUACGGAUGACGAGGCUGCAUUGUUGGAAAGAAUAGCCAAGCGAGAAGAGAGGCGUCAAAAGCGUCUAAAAGAGGCGUUGGAUCGUCAAAAGGAAUUUGAUCCCACGAUCACAGACGAGAGUCUAUCGCUUGAAAAAAGCACCAGAAACGGAGAAAAUGAAGUCGAAGAAAAUGAUACCUCUACAAAAGACCAAGAUUCUGUAACUGUGACCCGCCGGAGUAAAUACGAGGUUGAGGAGACCGAGACGGUGGUCGUGUCGCACGAGAAGAAUGAUCAGAAAGAGGAACCUGAAGAAGUGGAGGAUGCCAAGCCGGACGAGAAAGAAGAUUUACAAGAGGAAAUUCAAGUAGAGGAAAAUCAGGUAGCAGUGACCUUUGAAAUUAAAAAUGUAAUCCAUGAAACUGAUAUAGCAAAAUUAGAAAUUGAUGGGGAGGGACGUGACAUACAAAUCAGUGUUCGGUUAGGGGGAGAGGUGAAAAAAGAUGAUUCAAAAGAACAAGAACGACAACAGGAAGAAGAAAGUGAAAGGGCUGAGGCAGAGGGGAGGGCUGAGGAUGAAGGGACUGGAGCAGAGAGGAGAGCUGCUGAGGAAAGAGCUGAAGCAGAGAGGAAAGCAGCAGAGGAAAGGGCUGAGGCAGAGAGGAAAGCAGCAGAGGAAAGGGCUGAGGCAGAGAGGAAAGCUGCAGAGGAAAGGGCUGAAAGAGAGAGGAAAGAAGCAGAGGAAAAGGAAAGGAUAGCAGAAGAGGCAGAAAGGAAAGCAGCAGAGGAAAGGGACAGGCUUGAAGCAGAAGCCAAAAGAGAAGCAGAACAAAGGGAAAAAGAAAGAGCUGAAGCAGAAGCAAGAGAAAGGGAGAGACGUGAAGAAGAAGAGAGGAGGGCAGCGGAGAAAAGAGCUGAGGCUGAAAGAAAAGCAGAAGAGGAAAGAAUUAAAGCAGAGCAAAAAAAGGCAGAAGAGGAAAGGAAAAGAUUAGAGGCGGAACAAAAGAGAGCAGCGGAGGAAAAGAGAAAGGCAGAGGAGAAGAAAGCUGCAGAAGAGAAAGAGAGGAAAAAGGCAGAGGAAAAAAAAGCCGCUGAAGAGAAGGCUAGGUUAGAAGCCAAGAAGAAAGAGGAAAAAAUUAAAGUAGAAGAGAAGAAAGACAAGAAGGCUGACGACAAACAGGUAAAAGAAAAGAGCGUGACGGAGCAGAAGAUCCAGCCAGCGUUCUUAAGGAAACAGGGAGAAGACAAAGAAAAAGCCGAAGCUAAAAAGGAAAAAGAUGAGAAACUGCGAGGAGGAUUCAGAAAGGAAGAGUUGAAAGAUGACAAAAAGAAGGACGAGGGGAAGCUCGGUUGGGAACGCAAGAAAACCUUUCCUGAAACCAAAGUACAAAAUGGAGAAACUCAUCAUGAAGCCACCCCCCAGAAGCUUAAACACCUUGAGAAGUUUGGUGGGGCAAAAGCUCCCGUUAGCACUGACGAAGCCGACUCUGUAUCAAAGGUGGAAGCAGGAAAGAGGCUGGACGAACUACGUCGUAAAAGAGGUGAAAGCGAAACGGGCGAAUUUGAGAAGCUGAAGCAGAAGCAACAGGAAGCGGCCGUGGAGUUAGAGGAACUGAAGAAAAGGCGCGAGGAACGUCGAAAAAUAUUGGAGGAGGAGGAACAGAAAAAGAAGCAGGAAGAGGCAGAGCGGAAGGCCAAAGAGGAGGCUGAGAAAAAGAGGCUGAAAGAAGAAAUUGAAAAGAGAAGGGCAGAGGCUGCAGAGAAAAGGCAAAAGGUUCCAGAGGAUGGUGUACAAGAAGAGAAGAAGCCAUUUAAGUGUUUUACUCCCAAAGGUUCAUCAUUGAAGAUUGAGGAACGGGCAGAAUUUUUGAAUAAGUCAGCUCAAAAGAGUCUUAAAUCCACACAACCCGCAACAGUUGUUGUCUCCAAAAUUGAUAGCCGGCUCGAGCAAUACACCAGCGCGAUCGGGAGCAACAAAAGUGCCAAACCUUUGAAGGCAGCACCCUCCGACCUUCCCUUGCCGGCCGAUGGUGUCCGUAACAUAAAGAGCAAGUGGGAAACGGGGAAUGUUUUCUCAUCACCAAGCAAUGCAAUGUCUCCAAAUAAGGAAACAGCAGGCCUUAAAGUUGGAGUAUCUAGCCGUAUUAACGAAUGGCUGACCAAAACUCCAGAGACGAGUAAAUCUCCUGCUUCAAAGCCUUCCGAUUUAAGACCCGGGGAUGUAUCUGGCAAACGCAAUAUUUGGGAAAAACAGCAAGUGGAGAAAUCUGGAUCACCCACUAAGGACUGAGAUUUGAAAAGGAGCCCUAGGAAGUUUCCCCGAAGCCGUUGGACCAACUCAGUUACAAAGUGCUAAAUUGACCUUUUUAUAUUUAUGUUUACUUACCAAAAAUGUGUUUCUCAUUAUAUGGAUUUAAAUCCAUUUACAUCAGCGAUCUAUUCGAUAAGCCCAAAAAUCAAGACAUUCGGCCUGGAAAAUAUUAUUGCCUUUGCACAAUUUAUUUUUUUUAAAUGAUAAUCAGGCUGUGAAACAAAUUAUUUCUGCUGAUGCAUAUUUUUUCAAAAAGUUCUGCCCAGGUAGGAGUUUAGUUUUAAAGGCAGUUUUAUUUGACAUUUUUUUUAAAGACUCAUGAGGCACUUUAGAAUAAAAUAGAAUUUAGUAAACUUAGUCGAUAUAAAGGAACCGGUAUCUAAUGGAAUGAUACUGCAUUUUUAAAUUAACCUUUUCUUUGCAAAGUAUUCUUAAAAAAACAAAACACAAAAAAACAGCCUUUCCAGUUCAUUAUUGAUAACACCAAAUUUAAUUUGUAUUAGCAAACUGUGGUACUUAUAUGAUUGAUCUUGUAAUGUUGUUCAUUCAGCAAUUGCAGUUUAUACACACAAUACAGUAUAUACAGGUAGCGUUUAAUGUUAUGACACUAUUAAAUGGUGAAUGCUUUUCUAUGUGCUAGAAUAUGACGCAAGUUUUUUUUUUUUUUUACAUGCUAGUCUACAUCACAGCUUUUUUUUAACUCACUUUUUUUUUUAGGAUUUAGAUUUUUUUUGGACAUUGUAGGAAAAAUAUUAAUCCCAGUAUGAUCUCGAAUUAACUUUGGAAAACACAGGUACAAUACAUAACGUCGUAACAAAAUUAGUUUACAUUUGGUAAAACGCAAUUAAUUUAUAAAAACAGAAAUUUUAUUAUUUUCUAAAGUCUUGCAAAAAUCUUUAAUUCAGAAUACCGCCGUCAGGGGCGACGUACAGUAAUUUCGUUCUUUUUUUAAAAAAAAAAUAAAUAAAAAAAUAAAUAUGCAUAUUAACGCAUUCCAGAGUUGUUGACAGGCAGGUUUCAUUUUAUAUGUAAAUAAUAAACAUUUUCUGCAGCAUAAAAAAAAAAAUUAAAAAUAAAAUUUAAAAAAUCACAUUUGGCUUAAAGAUCUGUGAAGAUUAAGUGAGUUGCUAUUAUCUUGUAGCGAUCAUGGAUCGUUACAAAUAAAAAAUACUAUUUGCGAUGGCUCCAUCUGCAAGAAUAAGAACGAUCACAUUGCUUUUUUGUAUGUGAACGAUUAGAUACACUGCUUUGCUGGAAGAUAAGUACUCUCUUUUUAAUAAAUCCAUUAGUUUGUUUUGCAAAUUGCAAGUGCACUCAGUUAUUGUGUAAGGAGGGCUAAGUCCGGGCAAACCUGCGUCCUUAUUUUGUGAACACUUUGAACAUUUCAACCGCAUAGAAUAAUUUGUUUAAACAAUGUAUUAUGAAACUGCAACCACAAUAAAUGGAUAAAUUUCA